AUUGGAGUUGGAUCAGUCACUGGGACAAUGUGACUUUGGUGUUUGGGAACGUCGCGCAUGAUAAUAACAGAGUAGCCUUCUUUCUUAUGCUAGGAAUAUUUAUUUUAAGACUGUUGUCAAAUAUGAAUAACAGGCAUGGAGAGAUGGACUGGUGGUGGACAGUUUUCACACUACUUUUGAACUUUCAAUUUACUUACGGGUCUCCCUCCUCUUACGACUUGUUCCACGGGUCAGCAUACACUGGAGUGGUACACAGACACAGAAAUAGGAACUGGUGCGCCUAUGUGGUGCACAAGAACGUGAGCUGCGCCGUGAAGGGGGGUGUGGAGAGCUUCCAGGAGCCCGUGAUGGCCCCCUGCCCAGCCUACCAGCCCGACUGCCAGCAACAAGUGACAUACCAAUCUCGGUUUCGACCCACAUACAAGAUUGCCUUUAAGACAGUCACAGAGUUAGAGUGGAGAUGCUGUCCUGCUUACCAAGGUCCGGACUGUAAAGAUUUAAAACCACCUCCAGACCGACAGUUAGUGCAGGGAACACAGCCUUACCUCCCAUCAAAUCCUGUACAUACAACCAGGCACACACAAAGACCAGAACGGAGAGAGACUGCGCACCAUGAGACGAGGCAUGAUGGAACAGAUAAAGUGCGUCUUCUGGAAGGUGAAGUUCAGCGUUUGUCUCAGACAGUGCUGGAUCUUCAGUCAGCUUUGACAGGGUUAACCACCAACCUCCGCACAGACCUGCAGGAAGAUUCAAAGAAGAUGCUGGAGACACUCCUCCACAACAUCCGUCCACCAGACACAGCUACAGCUACAGAUACGGAGAAGAGCCCAGCAGUGCUGGAUGGUCAUCAGGCUACCAGAGGUGGGAUUGCUGGAGAGAAGGCCAUAGAAAAAAUAGUGGCCCGCUUGGAUGAUAUCAACACUGCACUGAAAAGCAAGGAUGAAGCUUUGGAAGACAUUAGAGGAGCCAUGUCAAGUCAUGAGGGGCAGAUUCGUGUCCUGAUGGAUGCCUCACAAUCUCAGACUCCAGCCAUGGCGGAGUUUGAAGUUAUACAGACCUAUAUUGAUGGAAAGUUUGAGAAGCUGAAGAAGGAGUUAGACCAGAAUAUGGAGGAACAAAUGGCCAAGCUACAAAGCUCAUACAAUGACAAGAUUCAGACCUUGCAGAAUACCUGUGAAAACAGCUGUGACCAAGGUUUGGUCAGCCUGACCAAGCUGGUGGACACCAAGGAGGCUGACCUGAGAAAGGAGAUCCGGGCACUACGUCUGGACAUGGCUGCUGCAGAUGGACCUGUACGCAUUCAGAGGCAGACAGAUCCAUCUAAAGAAGAAAAGGAUCACAGUGACCACGAAGACUUGUGGCGUGAGAUUGAGCGUAUUGCAGAGGCUCACCGCAUCCUGAAUGUCCGCAUUGACAACGAGCUGGAGCACCUGUCUGCACCUCAGGAAGACAAUGAUUUUAGCUCGCAGAUUGAGGAGCUGGAGGCACGCAUAAAUAUCACGGAACAAAAUGCAGAGACUCACUGUUUCUAUAUAGAAGAGAAGCUGACCCGUACAAUUGCGGAAGAAGUGGCAGCACUUCAACAGCAUAUGGGUGAGCGUCUGAACAGCAUGGAGGACCAGUUUACGAACAUGCUGGUGGAAAUGAGCAACAACUCCUUCCCUGGGAUGUUUGGGGACUCCAUGGAUGCCAUCCAGACACAAGUCAACAACAACAAGUUCCUCCUCCAGGCUUUGGAUGAGAAGGUAAAUACUGUUGGAGAGUUAUGCUCUGCAGGAUGUUCAGCAUCAGGAAUAACUGUAGGUGAAGGAGCUUCAUCACCCACAUCUAAGGGUCUAGAAAACAUUUUGAGGGACCUGAGCCGGUAUAGGGAUGACUUGGACAUUCUACACACAGACGUUAAUGCAAACACAGACAAGCUCAGGCAACUGGAGCACCUUGUUGAAAGGCAGUCAGCUGGGAUCGAAAGACGUUCCAAGACGAUGGAGGACUUCCAGAAGGGGUUGAUUAAUCUCCAAGAUAAUGUUCUUGGGCUGGCUGGUGCUGUUACUGGGCUAAGUGAUUCCUUGAGCAAAUACAACCAAGAUGUAGAGAGAAUUAACACAACAUGCUGCCAGGCAGAGCAGAGUGGCACUGGGAGACCAGCAUGGGUACCUGCAGUACCCAGUGGUCAGGCAGACGCCACCAGCCGUCAGGUGGAGGAGCUAAAGAACAGACUUGAUACACUCAGUAAACAGGUGUCAUCUGAACUGAGUCAAUGCAAACAGAACACCCAGGGUGUUUCUGAUGGCAUUUCUGCUGUGGAUGGCCGCAUAACCAGACUUGAAAAGGUGUGUGGAAGGCUAGACGGGGUUUCUGCUAAUAUCAAAGAGCUGAAAGACGGGCUGGAGAGACAUGUUGGUGGUCUGCGGGACUGUGUCAACAGGAUGAACGUCACCUGUGGAAAUCAUGGUGCAGACAUUGUGGCGCUGCAGAAUUCCCUGCAGAGAUUCCAGACACAGCUGUCUGCAAUGGCCAAACAGCCAGGAAUGACCCUAAGACCCGAGAAGCCGAUCUCUGUGCCAGAUUCAACCCCAACCAGAACCAGAAUCCCACAAAUCCACAUCCCCCUUAUCAUCCCUAAACCGCCAUCCAGCCCCAGGCAGCCUUACAAUCCCAGCCAACCAAUGCAACCCAACACACACACGAUCAUGAUCACCCAGCCAUCCAGCCCCCAGCAACCAGGCCACCCAGCUCCGCCCCUCGUUCCCAGACGGCCAGUGUUGGAGACCGGUGAGGCAGGACCGCCAGGGUACAUCCGCAGGGUGACUGUGCGGAGAGGGUCUGAGGACUCGUCUAGCAAGCAUGUCAAAGGGUUUGCUGGAGCACCAGGCUAUCCUCCUUUGCAGCGUACAUCUUUCAAUUCUCAAUCAACUGGCCGUAGAGCUCCGUUGGCGGCCAAGGUGGCUUGGAACCCAAUGCAUCAAGCUCCAGUUGCAUCACCAGUUUCAGUAGACAACAGCGCCUUUGCAGAUCCCUUCUCCUUCUCCGCCGGCCUCACACAGCAGCCCUUCUCUGGCGACUUUGGCAUCAUCCGCUUCAACAGAGUUCUAAUCAACGACGGUGGACACUACAGUCCCCAAACAGGGAUCUUUACUGUUCCAAUGGACGGCCGAUACCUGAUUUCAGGACUGCUGACAGCAAAGCAGGGUGACCGUGUAGAGGCCGUCCUGUCCGUGUCUAACCGCAGCGUCCAGAAGCUGCAGAGCUCAGCAGGGCCUGUGGCUGGUCAUUAUGGUAGCUCAGCCACUGGUAACUGCGGCUGUGGAGGUUCGGUGUCCUUCAGUGUGAUCCUGCCCCUGAGGAAAGGAGAUCGCGUGGGCCUGGUGAGGACCGGAGGCCAGCUGGCCACCACCGAGGCCAGGGAGAUCCUCUCCACCUACAGCGCCAUCUUCCUGUACGCACCACAGGCCAACAGAUAGCUGGAGCUCAGCCGGCCAGUAACAGCAAAGACUAAUUUGUUCGCAGCCAACUGGACUGGAGGAAAUGUGGAAGAAACCAUAGUUUUCACUGAUUCGCUGUGAUGCAGCUAUUUUACCGAGCAGUGUGAAGAUUUUCAGUUCUAAAACCCUUACAUACUGUUCAUAUUCUGAGGUUUAAAGCUAUUUGUUUGGAGGAAAACUAUUGACAAUCACAUUAUAUUAUGUUACCUACAACAGGAAGACAUAAGAUCCAUUGUGAUUUCAAUGAAUUGUGAUUUUUGGUCAAAUUUAACCCAGAACAACCUCAAAAAUGUGUGUAAGCUGAAGAAAUUUUUUAAAAAAGUCAUAAAAUUUCAGGCUUUAAGAAUGGUGUUGAGGGUCUUUUGGCAUAAAUUUGACUUGAACAGUGUGUAAGGGUUAAGAAUGCAUCAGAUUGCAAUUUGUAAGCCAGUUGCCAAAGAUACCUGAAUACAAGAAGCAGGAUUUGUUUCUAAUAUAUUUGAUUAUCAAUUUGCUUUUGUGUACGUAUUGUGAAUGUCUUGUGUAAAAGUGUUUAUAAAUUAACAUGAAACUCAUAAAAUCUCUAUUAUUUUAACAAAACCAUCUCCGAGACUCAAUAUAUAGUAUGAUAAACAUACAGUAUGUGUAGAAUAUAAUGUUGUUUCAAUAAAAAGUGUUAAAUCA